AUGCACGGUUCGGCCGUCGUCAGCGCUGGUAGCUCGACGUUCCUCUCCAAGAAGCAUCAAUGCCUCGCACUGCUCAAGCUCUGCUCUUCAAUCAAACACCUCUAUCAGCUCCAUGCCCAAAUCCAAAUCUGCGGACUCCAGAGCGACUCCUUUCUAGCGACGGAACUAAUCCGGGUAUGUUCACUCUCUUCUCGGAAAAAUCUGAAUCACGCACGAACCAUCCUCAGCCGAUUGGCUAACCCACCUCCAGCGGCUUGGAAUCUCCUCAUUCGUGGUUAUUCCUCCAGCGACGACCCUAGAGGAACCAUACUCCUCUUCCGCCAGAUGCUCAGAGGAGGGAUCACCCCCAAUAACCUCACUUUCCCAUUCGUUCUCAACGCCUGCGCUUCUUCUUCUUCCUCUUCUUGCUCGGCGGUGAUCAAAGAAGGGGAACAGGUCCACGCCCACGUCGCGAAAUCUGGGUUGGACUGCUCUGAUGUCUACGUAGGGAACAAUUUGAUCCAUUUCUAUGGCUCCUGCAAAAGGGUAUCUCGUGCUCGCAAGGUGUUUGACAAAAUGCCCGAGAGGAGUGUAGUGUCGUGGAAUGCUGUGAUCACUGCCUGCGUUGGGUGCUCGAGUACAGAGGACGCAAUUCGGUACUUUAGGGAAAUGAAAGGUUCCGGGUUUGAACCUGAUGAGGCGACGAUGGUGGUCAUGCUUUCACUCUGCGCCGAGGUGGGAAACUUGCGGCUAGGCAAAUUGAUUCAUUCUCAAGUGAUCGAGCAAGGAAUGGAAUUGACUCACCAGCUGGGCACAGCCCUCGUCGACAUGUACUCAAAAGCAGGGAACUUGGUUUACGCCAUGUCUAUCUUUGAAUCCAUGAAGGAGAAAAGGAGAAAUGCUUGGACUUGGAGUGCAAUGAUCUUAGGGCUAGCUCAACAUGGCUUCGCCAAGCAAGCCCUCCUGCUCUUCCGUCGAAUGAUCUCUUCCACCUCCUCAUCGAUCCAACCCAAUUAUGUCACCUUCCUUGGAGUCCUCUCUGCCUGCAGCCACGCGGGUUUGGUCCAAGAAGGGUUCAACUACUUCCAUGAGAUGCAACAUAAAUACGGGAUCAAACCCACUGCAGUUCACUACGGCGCUAUGGUGGAUAUACUAGCCCGUGCAGGUUACUUGAAGGAGGCGUAUGAGUUUGCCUCGAGCAUGCCUUGCCGGAGGGACCCUAUAGUUUGGAGGACUCUGCUCGGUGCUUGCCGUGGUAGGAACUGUGGUGGUAGUGAUGGUGAAUUGGUGGAGGAGGUGAGGAGGCGGCUGCUGGAGCUUGAGCCUAGGAGGAGUGGGAAUCUGGUGAUGGUGGCGAAUCUGUAUGCAGGUGCUGGGAUGUGGGAGAGAGUUGAGGAUGUUAGGAAGGGGAUGAGAGAUGGGGGGUUGAAGACUAGAGGCGGGGAGAGUUGGAUUGAGUUGGGUGGUUCAGUUCAUCAAUUCUUCUCUGGUUGUGGUCUGGAGGAGUGGGCAGAAGAGAUGAACCGGGUACUGAUUGGGUUGGAUCUUCAUGUUAGGAUGGUACAUUUCGAUUGA